CUGCGGGCGUAAGGAGGUGCGCUGAGAGGAGGAGCGGUGGAUUGUGGGUAUGUCGUGUUUCCUGCCAGUCAGCUGCUGCAGGAAAGUCUCCACAUAGUUUGACAGGCACUUUCUCAACCUACUUGUAUUGAGGGUUAACUGAGUGGAAGCUCUUCUCCUGCGUGACCAUUAGAUCCGCGUGUAGAGCCGCGACCUCCAGCUGGACCUCAGAUUGACCUGGACAAAGGCAAAGCGGUGACUUUCCGAGCAACUCUCUGUCGGCAUGAGUCUGAACGAGCACUCGUUACAGGCUCUGUCCUGGAGGAAACUCUACCUGAGCCGAGCCAAGCUGAAGGCCACCAGCCGAACUUCGGCUCUGCUCUCCGGCUUCGCCAUGGUUGCUAUGGUGGAGGUCCAGUUGGAACCGGAGCAUGAGUAUCCUCCCGGGCUGCUCAUAGCCUUUAGUGCCUGCACCACAGUUCUGGUUGCAGUUCACCUCUUUGCCCUCAUGAUCAGCACCUGCAUCCUCCCUAACCUUGAGGCUGUCAGCAACGUUCACAACCUCAACUCUGUCCACGAGUCUCCCCACGAGCGGAUGCACCACCACAUAGAACUGGCCUGGGCUUUCUCCACAGUCAUCGGCACCCUCCUCUUCCUUACAGAGGUGAUGCUCCUGUGCUGGGUGAAGUUCUUACCCCUCAGAAGCAAAUCGGAAGUAAAUGGCACCAUAAGUUCUGGCCAGGCCGCAGCCAUCGCCUCCACUUGCAUCAUGGUGCCGUUUGGAAUAGUCUUCAUUGUGUUCGCCGUCCACUUUUACCGCACGCUCGUUAGUCACAAGACGGACCGACAGAUCCGAGAGCUGGAGCAGGUGAUUCGGCUCCAGGACCAGCUGGACCACCGGCCGGACAAUGAAGAGCUGAAGGCAGUUGCUAAUUUCCCUUGAUCACAGCCAGUCAGCACACAGCAGUACUUUUAUUGUGAAAUCUCCUCUUAUAGCUUUUGAUGAACUGUGCUCAGCUGUUUUUUUCUGAAAUUGCAAGCCUUAUCUGUCCAGCAUUUCAGGUCAAUCCCCUUAUGGAUAAUGCAUGAUCACAGAAAAACAAUGGCAGUAAAGUAAAAGUGCACUUCUUUGUCAGGCCAGAAAUUCUUUUCAGUGUUCAUGUGAAUUAAUUCCGUUGAAAAGGCUUUACCAGGGUCUUUUAUGUGGGGAGUUUGCAUGCUCUCCCCAUUAUUGCCUGAGUUUAUCUGGGUACAUUGGUUAUCUUCCACUGUCCAAAGACAUGCUGGCUAAAUUAGUUGGCAAGUCCCUAAUUGCCAGUAGGUGUGAAUGGUUCUCUUCAUUAUCUUUACUGUGAUAGGCUGUCCAGGUACCCCACCUCUCACCCAACGAUUCUUAAAUGAUAAGCAGUCUAAUAAUGAAUGGAUAUUCAGUUUCAUUAGAAACUCUGUCCGCUGGCUUCAAAACCAAAGUUAUAGAACGAGUUGUAUCCUUGUCAAACAUUUAUUAGUCCUUUGGUUUGGUUGAUAUACACAUGUUCAUCCUCACUGAAUUUAAUGGUUGCUCAUGAGAACCUUUCUUUCCCCCUUGUUAUUGGUCGUGUCAGGGGUUUGCUGAUUUUCCAUUAUGUUUUUUUUAGUCUGCUGAACAAUUGAAAUUUUCCCAUUUGUAUAAUUAUCUUUUUGAAGAUCUGUAUGCAAGACAUUUAUUUAGGUUUAGGUCUUUAACAAUAAAAGCAAAUGUAAAGUAAAUGAAUGGUACUUAAAGCAACCUUUAAAAUGCUACAGUGUAAUCUUUUUGUAAAAACUUUUGUUUUUAGUACCACGAAGUACCAUUCGUUUACCCCUUUGCAUUUAUAAACAUAGGACCCAGAUUAAAAAAUACCAAAAUUGUGCUUAAAUGUUAACACCUACUAGUUUUUAUGUGCAAUAUGAGACAACAGGGACAUUGCUUAAAAAAGCAACAGUUACAGUUAGGAAACAGUUAAUAUUAAAGGCAGCAUUUUAUGCCGAUGGUUGUGGCAUUUUAGGACCAUUUUAUGCUUUCACAGUCUCUUUUGAAGUUCCAAAUGACUUCAAAUGGCUUUUUGCAAAUGUUGGUUAUAAAUAUGUAUGUUUUGUACUUUGCUUAGUUUACAGACUUGAGCAUGUUCACACAUUGUUAAGGUUUAAAGUGUGGGAUAUAGGUUAUGUUAUUUUUGUCCUGUGGCACAUUGUUGAAAUGUUUUACUUGGGUUUGAACAUUUUCUUUUCUUUUUGUCUUCAUUGAUGCCAAAACUCAAAUGAAGGAUUAUGAACUUUUAGACUUUAACGGUGAUUUAUGCCUUGUGUCAUAUCCCUAAAUAUUAUCAAAUAAGUAAAAUCCCUCUUAACAUGAGUUGUAGUUAUAUAAGAAAAUAUAGAAUCUUUAUUUUGGCUUUUUUCAACAAAUUUCACAAUUUUGUGAUUUUGGACUCUUAACCAGAUGCUGUAUUUAAACCAAGGCAAUGAUGUGGUUUUUUGCAACAUCAGUUUUAGUCUUGGCACAGUCAUGAUGGUGAACACAAUACUACUGUGUUUCCAUGAAGUAUGCAAAUGAGUAAUAAAGGGUUAGAAACUCACUGGCUGAUUAGUACAGAAUCACACUAUACCAAAUCAUUGUUGAUUAGGUUUCUUGAAGACUUUUUUGUUACAAAGUUAAAUAAAGACACAACUGCUGUCACUCUGAAGCACUUCUGAUGAGAAUGUUCUGCGUGUGGCUUCUUUACAAACAGAUCAAUCCUAACAAAAGCAUGUUUCUUUGUUACAUUUUUUUGUGGCUUAUUUAUUUAAUUAUUUGUUUGUUACUGUAUAUAAAGAGUUGUCUGGUUCUCUGCAUGCACGGUUUUAAGAAGUGAAUUAUCUGUAGAAAAUGUAUUUUAAGUUUAAGCAGCUGAAGAAGCUUUUGGGAUUCUGUUUUCAGAUUGAAUAAAACACAACAUUUGAGAUAA